AUGACGUCCAUCGUAGACCAGAUCAAGGCCAAGGCCAACGACGCCUUUAAGUCGAACCGCUUCGCCGACGCCGCUGGGCUCUACACAUGGGCCAUCGACCAUGCCAUCGAGACGAACGCCGACGGCAAGGUCAAAGCUGUCCUCUAUAGCAAUCGUUCCGCCACCAGUAUCAAACUUGAGCAAUAUGGCUAUGCCAUCAUCGAUGCCACUGCCGCUAUCGAGAUGAAUCCCGGUUACGUGAAGGGCUACUACCGCAGAGCCGGCGCUCAAUUUGCACUCACCAAGUACAAGGAGGCAAAGAAGGAUUACGCCCUUAUCAUCAAGAUGCUCCCGGGCGACAAAGACGCUCUCCUCAAACUGAAAGAAUGUGACAAGCGCAUCCGCGAAAUUGCUUUUGCGAAAGCCAUUGAGAGUGAUUCUUUGAGGGUUAGCGUCUGCGACACCGUUGAUGUCGCCACCAUCACCGUCGAUGAUUCCUACUCUGGUCCCCGGAUACAGGAUGACGGCGUUGUAACCGAGGACUUUAUCCACUCCUUGGUGGAUGCCUUCAAAGCCCAAAAGACCCUGCAUCUCAAGUAUGCCAUGAGCAUCAUUCUCGCUGCCAAGAAAAUCAUGGACGCAUUGCCAAAUAUCGUCGAGAUCCCGGUCAAUGCAGCCGAUACGAUUACGGUGUGCGGCGAUGUCCACGGCCAGUACUAUGAUCUCACAAACGCGAUUUUUAAGGAGAAUGGCAUGCCGUCCGCUACCAACCCUUACGUAUUUAACGGCGAUUUUGUUGAUAGGGGCUCGUUCAGCGUCGAGGUUAUUUUAACUCUGUUGGCCAUCAAAGUCUGGUGUCCAGAGGCUAUUCAUCUAACUCGCGGUAAUCAUGAAUCCCAAAAUAUGAACCGCAUCUACGGUUUCCAGGGCGAGGUUCAAGCCAAGUAUACCAACACUGUCUUCAGUCUAUUCUCGGAAUUCUUCCAAAGCCUUCCCCUUGCCUUUAUUCUUGACGGCUCUGGUGAGAAGGAUGGUCGCAAGGCCUUCAUCGUCCAUGGAGGCCUGUUCUCAAAGGACGGUGUUACCCUAGAUGAAAUUAACCAAAUCAACCGAAAUUGUGAGCCGGACUCGGGUAUCAUGUCAGAAAUGCUCUGGAGUGAUCCCCAAGACCAGAACGGCUGGGGCGUUUCCAAACGCGGUAUUGGCGUUGCUUUCGGUCCAGAUGUUACCCAUCGCUUUCUGGACAACAACGGGCUGGACAUCAUUGUUCGAUCCCAUGAAAUGAAAGACAAAGGCUAUGAGGUCCAAGCAGAAGGACGACUAAUUACAAUUUUCUCGGCUCCCAACUACUGUGAUCAGAUGGGGAACCAAGGGGCAUUCAUCAAGUUUGACCACAAGAUGGAACCCAAGUUUGUCCAGUUCUCAGCUGUCCCGGUAAGUCACUCUUUUACACCAACGUCGCACCUUGUUUCUACGGUUGUUUUGCCGCCAGAAAGACAUUUUUGUAAAUGUCAUGAAAAUCUAACUCUCCCAUUAUCUCACUAUCAAUGUGUGUGUUUUUUGUCAUUUUCCAACAGCACCCUGAAAUACGGCCCAUGCAAUACGCUCCGAAUGUAAUGAUGGGUGGGCAGUGAUAGAGGGCUUUCGGUUCUAUACGAUGCACAGAGCUUCGAUGAACAGAAUUUCCGUUAACUUCGAAUGCCGACUGGAAAACAAUCCAGGCCACGCAGCACGCUCUGAGUUUUCUUGUGAAGCAGGUCCGGUGUGCAAGGACCAGUCGACGUUCUCAGAAAUAUCACUGGGACGGGGCACGGUAGUGUGCUCGAAAAAUUUGAAACUCUUCCUCUGACAACUUGACCAAACUUUCGAUUAAGUUUCCAUCCGCAGCAGGCGGGCAGCUUAUUUUGCAUCCGCGAUCAACACGAAAGACAGAGAUUGCAAUUCCUUUUUUUUUCUUUUUUUGUUUUGUUCUCUCUAGUCUUGGGGCUCUCGCACAUAUAGCAGACAUAGGGUGGGUACACCAUCCAUAAAACGAAGUUGUAGCACCCCGAUUUGACUAAAAUCGAGGAUAAACACUCUGGAUUAU